ACGUUCUUCCUAGAUUGAGUGUACUGAAAGAGAUCAGCUUUCCUCUAACAGCCAUGAAGGCAUUCGUAGCUUUAAUACUGCUUGUUCAGAUUGCAGUCUACCAAACUAAGCCACAUGGGCCUAAACCAAUUGGGCCAUCACCUCCCUUAGGUAUGAGGGACUGUGAUAGCCCAGAAGGGGAGGAAGCAGCUGCAGUAGCUGUGGACUACAUCAACGCCCACCAUGCUCAUGGAUACAAGUAUGCUUUAAACAGAAUUGAGAAACUGCGUGUCUUGCCCACGGGGCCUAGUAGUGAGAGAGUGAUACUCGAGCUCGACUUACUGGAAACCAAGUGUCACGUUUUGAACCCUCUGCCUCUUGAAAACUGUACUGUACGGGAACUGACUGGUCAUGCUGUUGAAGGAGACUGUGAUGUUAAAUUGCUCAGGAAGGAUGGAAAGCUCUCUGUAUUAGCUGCAAGCUGUCACUCAUCUCCAGACUCAGCUGAAGACAUCAUUAAAAUCUGCCCUGACUGUCCAUUACUGAUUCCAUUAAAUGAUACUCGGGUGGUGAAGACAGUUGAACUCCUCCUUGACCAGUAUCACAGCACAAAUGAUGUCUACUUUACGCUCAUUGAGAUUGCACGAGCUCAGAUGCAGGCCCCUAAUGCCAUCUUUGUCGAGUUUGCAAUUUCUGCCACUAACUGCUCAAGCAAAGAUGCCAGUGAACAUGCGGAGGCCUGUCAGGCGCUAUCUGGGGAUCAAGCUACAUUUGGCUUCUGUGUUGGAUCAGUCAUGCACGUUCCCAACGAAAACAUACAGGUGGAGUGUGAAGUCUAUGCUCCUCAGCCUGACGUUGUCCAUCCUGUCCUGGCUAAAGAUACUGUAGGACUGCUUUCCGUUCCUGUACAUGGCUUCAGCCACCACAACCUCAGGCAUUCCCAUAGCAGCCAUUUCAAUGACUCUUCAGAGUCCAACUCUGCAGAAGUUUCUGUUGCUUACACCUUAUCGCCGAAGCUUGUGGUCAAAAGAACAGUUUCUGAGCCAGAACAUCCAGGAGGCGUACUAGAUCCUCUUCAUCCUGGAUGCCCUGGCAGGGUACGCCAUUUCCGUAUAUAGUUACAGGCACAGCUAGCCAGAUGAUUAAAGGGUUAGCUGGUGGCACCAACAACAUGCAGAGUACACAGCCAAAUAUAAGUAUCUGAGGCUACUCAGAUCCUUUAUCUCCAAUUGGUUUCAUUCCCGAUAAACCACAGCAGGGAUCAAUAGCAUGCAAUAACCUGCUCCAAGGUCUAGGUGAUUAUAGAUGGCAGUAGUUGUGCUCUCUGCCUCCACAGAUGACCUUGUUAAAACAAUAGGAAAUGUUAUUGCCUUGAUGCUGUUGGAGUAUCUGCAGGCUUGUGGAGAGAAAACCAACCCAAAGUGCUUUAUAAAUAAAGAGAUGCCUCUUUGCCAUCCA